GUAUACCCCAAGUGCUUCCAUGUCGCCUUGCUGACGUACCCACAGUGAUAUAAUACAGGCUCAGGAUAAAAUCGCCGAUGAUAUAUGCAAAGUAAGAAUCAUCCUGCAGACUUCAGAACAGGACUGACGCAUAUAGUAUAGAAAUCCUUCCCGACUCUGGUACGUACUACAACGUAUCUUGCGGGAAGACUAUAUCUAGAGCACCAUGGAUCCUAUGGUCUCGAUGGACAUAUGGCACACAAUCCAGAUGCAGCUUUGCCGGCGUCUGCCUCCACCCCUGUCUUACCUCCCAAGACCAAUAACGCUAGUGACAAUAACCAGAAGCCUUCUGGAGAUACACAAGACGAUGUGCAAGCUCAGUUUCAUUUCCAGAUAGCGAAGUGCAUGUGCGACCCGGACAAAGUUACCAAAAUUUGGGCCAUCCUCAACAGACAUGAAGAUGGCUCGAUACUGGCAAAGCUAGUGGACAAGGAUGGUCGAAAGCCACUACAUCUCGCCGCUGAAAAGGAUGAUGAGGAACUAGGACGUGUUCUGGUCUGUUUCGGUGUAGACGUUAAUGUAGAAGACCGCGAGCCAGCCUCGGUCCUAAACUUUGUUGUCGCAAAUAAUCACGGCAACUUCGUCAGAUUUCCUGUGAGUGAAGGAGUUGACGAAAUCAAGGUCGCUGAGAAGAAUUUGACAAGAUUCAAAGAGGUGUAGGAGGUCGCAAAGCUCACAAACCGAAAGUCAUUAGAACCCCAAAGAGAACUCAAAGCUUGACAGGCACACUCAGGCUGCGCAUAACGGCACAAAUACGAGCUGAAAGUGUAGUAUGAGCAUACAACUCCAGAGAACUUCAAGGAUCUUGUCGCGAAAUAUGGUUGGUGUUUAUGUUUUGCACAACUGCAACAGCCGUGAUGCCGCG